AUGGUGGGAUCAUGGCGCGCGCUGGCGCUGCUGAGCGUGCUUCAAGUCUGCGCCGGCGCACCCGAGGCGAUGUACCACAAUCAGUUUGCGGUGCACGUGCCGGCUGGCGAGAAGCACGGGGAUGAUAUUGCGAAGAGGCAUGGCUUCGUUAAUCACGGACAGUGUAGACGUGAGCAUGAAUUUUCAGUGCGUGAGUCGCGACAAAAGCACGAAGCAGCCGAAAAGAAGUGUGGGCCUUUCCUUUGGGCGGUGCCCGAAUAUCGUUAG